UUUUGCUAAACGUCCGGAACGUAUUAAAUAUUAAUUUUGCCGUUUAUGAGGUAAAAAAUGCGAUUUCUUUUAAAUUUUUGAUAGGAGUAAGUGUUUCGUUUGAUCGGUGGUUUCAGCCGCAAAAGUUACGAAAUUUCUUUUUCUUUGCGCAAUGACCGAGUUAGAAAUCCGAAAAAAUGAACCGCGGAUUAUAAGAAUGCUCUCAUUAACAGUUAUUAUAGUUUUUCAAUAAAAAAAUAUGUUGCUUCUGGAAGUAACGGAAAGUGCAUGCUGCUUAUGGUAGGAGAAGUCAACGCUGGGUCAGAGUAGAAACUCGCGAACGGAGUGAAUUGCCGCACAAUCGCAAACCAACCAGAGCAGUUAUUUUGUGAUCGUCACAUCUUUGGAAAAAAACAGAAUGGCGAACACCCUCUUGCUAAUCUGUUGCCUCGCCUUAUCAGCAUCAGCAAUCGCUCUACCUGCAACCAACGAUCAAUUGGACAAGGUAACCGUGAACGACGUGGCCGCCAAUGCCGUUUCGCCUGAGUCGAAAACGGACGAUAGCAAUGACAAAAGAGACGCCGCGACUGUCGAAAUAACCGGAAUCACCACCGGAGUCGAGACUCCGGACCCCUCGUCCACGCCCUUCCAUCCGCAAAGAGCCGGAUCCAUGUUCGCGAGAUUUAUCGAUGAUAUUUUCCAGUCACAAUUCCGCAUGAAGAAUUUUAAUUCGACUGAAAUCGGCGAUGAAUUACUAAUUCCUGUGGAAGGCUACAUUGCGGCAGCUGUUGUGCUGUUCUGUAUCGGGUUUUUUGGGUUCAGCCUCAAUCUAACUGUUAUUAUUUUCAUGCUGAAAGAGCGCCAGUUAUGGUCACCGCUAAACAUAAUUCUCUUUAAUUUAGUUGUUAGCGAUUUCCUAGUCUCGGUGUUGGGAAAUCCGUGGACGUUUUUUUCGGCGAUUAAUUACGGAUGGAUUUUUGGCGAGACUGGGUGUACGAUUUACGGUUUUAUAAUGUCUCUUUUAGGUAUCACGUCAAUCACGACUUUAACCGUUCUUGCGUUCGAACGUUAUUUAUUAAUCGCACGGCCGUUCCGUAACAAUGCCUUAAAUUUCCACAGCGCUGCUCUUUCAGUCUUCAGUAUUUGGUUGUAUUCAUUAAGUUUGACAAUACCCCCUUUGAUUGGUUGGGGUGAAUACGUCCAUGAAGCCGCCAAUCUUAGCUGUUCAGUAAACUGGGAAGAGAAAAGCCCGAACUCCACGAGUUACAUUUUAUAUUUGUUCGCUUUCGGCCUUUUUCUCCCUCUCGUAAUAAUCACUUUCAGUUACGUAAACAUCAUUUUGACGAUGCGACGAAACGCCGCCUUUCGAGUGGGUCAGGUUUCGAAAGCCGAAAACAAAGUGGCGUAUAUGAUUUUCAUCAUGAUAAUUGCUUUUCUAACAGCUUGGUCUCCGUACGCUAUUAUGGCUCUUAUUGUGCAGUUUGGAGAUGCUGCUCUUGUGACUCCGGGCAUGGCGGUGAUUCCGGCAUUGUUGGCCAAGAGCAGCAUUUGUUAUAAUCCUGUCAUUUACAUCGGGCUGAAUGCACAGUUCCAACAAGCCUGGAUGCAAAAAUGGAAAAAAAAUCGCAGGGGAAGCGACGCGUUAGGAACGUCCAGAGUGAUGCUAGAGACGAUACAUCAAGCCUGCAGAGACGAAAAAACCGACAAGCUUUUAGAGAAAAAAACUAAGUUUUGCAAGGACUUUGAGACUGAUGUUUCCAUGCUUUAAACAAUUAUUGUACCACUGGAUAAUAAAACAUUUUUUUUA